GAGCUCCCACACCCAACAAUGGCAUCGCCCUCCUCCGCUCUCUUCGUCGCCGCGUUCCUUGCAGUGCUAAGUGGCCACGUAGCCGCCGCACGGACUAACCUCACGGCCGGAGUCCCCAUGACGCCGCCCAGCUACAUCACCAGCCCCUCCGGCGUCUUCGCGUUCGGCUUCCGCGCCCUCGACAGGUCCAGCCCGGGCAAGUUCCUCCUCGCCACAUGGUUCCGCUCCGGCUCCGACGACGACGGCCGGCCCAGCGGCUCCUCCCAGCUGCAGUCCGUGGUGUGGUUCGCCAGGCAGUCGUCCACGUACUCGUCGGCCGUCCUCGCCACGGCGCAGUCCGCUCUCAGCGUCACGGCCGACGGCCAGCUGGCGCUCGCGGACACCGCCGACGGCGGCAACCGGGUGCUGUGGAGGGCGCCGAUCCCCAGCCUCAAGCGCGGGUCCGUGCUCGCGCUCCUCGACUCCGGCGACCUCCAGUUCCUCGGCGACGGCGGCGGCGGCCCGGAGAACGUGCUGUGGGCGAGCUUCGGGUACCCGACGGACACGCUGCUGCCGGGCCAGUCCUUGACCAUGGACACUCGGUCCGAGGGGAAGAUCAUCUCCAGGCGCGCGGACACGGAGUUCACCACCGGCCGGUUCACCAUGGGCGUCCAGACGGACGGCAACGUCGUGCUCUACGUGGACCUGCUCAGCGGCAACAGCCCGGACAACGCCUACUGGCAGGCCAAGACCGACAGCUCCAGCGGCAACACGACGGUCACCUUCGACGACCAGGGCGGCCUCAGCUCCACUCUCUACAAUGGCGUCGUCCAGAACCUGAUAUCGCCGGUGGUGACCGGCAGCGCCGGCAAGUUCUACAGGUUCGCCAGGAUGGACCCCGAUGGCGUCGUCCGUGCCUAUGCCCGCGCCAAGAACGUGCCGGACGGCGGCGGCAACACGUCGUGGAGCGUCUCGGGGGCCUUCCCCAGCGACGCCUGCAACAAGAGGACGUCCGGGCUGCAGGGCGUGUGCGGCCCGGGGUCGUACUGCACGGAGCAGAAGGACCGGCUCCGCUGCGUGUGCCCAGACGGGUACACGUACGCCGACGCGCAGCACACGGACAGCGGCUGCACGCCGGAGUUCGCGCCGCAGAGCUGCGACGGGGAGAACAACGCCGAGGAGUACACGCUCGUCGAUCUGCCCAACACCACCUGGGAGACAUCGAUCUACUACAAGAAGUUCACGUCGGUCACGGAGGACCAGUGUCGGGCCUACUGCCUCAACGACUGCUACUGCGCCGCCGCGCUGAUGAUCGGCGGGACCGACUGCGCCGAGGUGGCGGCGCUGACAAACGGGCGACAGGCCAGCGAUGUCACCACGAAGGCACUGAUCAAAGUUCGGCGAAGCAAUAAUCCGCCGGCGAGGAUGUCGGCGAGGACAAGAACCAUAGUGGCCGUGGCAGUCUGCGUGGCCGUCGUGCUGCUGGCCGUCCCCGGCGGCUUCCUGGCAAGGCACUACCUGACCAAGAAGAACAGAGAGAGCCAGGACUUGCUGAGCGUGAGAGCUUUCAGCUGGAAGGAGCUCCACAAAGCCACCAACGGCUUCGAGAAGCUGCUGGGGAAAGGGAGCUUCGGCGAGGUCUACCAAGGAGAGCUCAAGUCCCCGCGGCGGCGCCUCAUCGCGGUGAAGAGGCUCAUCAACUCGAACGAUUACAGCGAGAGGGAGUUCACCAACGAGGUGCAGUCCAUCGGGCAGAUCCACCACCGGAACCUGGUCCGCAUGAUCGGCUACUGCAAGGAAGGCAAGCACCGGAUGCUGGUGCUGGAGUACAUGCCGGGAGGGUCGCUCCGCGGGUUCCUCUUCAAGCCGGAGCGGCCGCCAUGGAGCUGGCGCGCCCAGGCGGCGCUCGGCAUCGCCAGGGGGAUCGAGUACCUCCACGACGGGUGCGUCUCCCCGAUCAUGCACUGCGACAUCAAGCCAGACAACAUACUCCUCGACGGCACGCACGCCCCCAAGAUCACCGACUUCGGGAUCUCCAAGCUGCUCGGCAACCAGCAGGUGCACACCACGGUGACCAACAUCAGGGGCACCAGGGGGUACAUCGCGCCCGAGUGGUUCCGCAGCGACGCGCGGAUCGAUACCAAGGUGGACGUGUACAGCUUCGGCGUCGUGCUGCUUGAGAUGAUUUGUUGUCGGAAGUGCCAGGACCCGCUGGUCGACCAGGGCGGGGACGAGACGGUCACGUUGUUCGGGUGGGCGAUCCAGCUGGUGAGCAACCAGAGGACUAAGCUCAUACUGCCUGACGAUGACGACGCGGCGGCGGACUUGGAGAGGGUGGAGAGGUUUGCGCGCGUGGCGUUCUGGUGCAUCGAGCCCAACCCGUCGCUCCGGCCGACGAUGCACCAUGUGGUGCAGAUGCUGGAGAGUGCGGUGGCUGAGGCCGAGGUGCUACCUGACCCUCCAUCUUGUUACAUGGACUCGGCUCCUUUGAUCGUGUCUUCUGUUUGAUUAGAUUGAGUGCAUCGAGCGCAAUGAUUUUUAAUUUUAAUUUUGCUUAUCGAGGCAGUGCUAUAGAAUGAUCCACCAACCAGCCAUGAUCCAUCUCUACUGUUCGAUGUGUAAUGACAGA